AUGUCUCAUUUGAAAAUCUUACGCGGGAAUUUAGCGCGCCAAAUUCUAAACAGUUUAUCCCCAAACCAAAAACAAUGCAAGCAGUUAAAAACGCAAAUUUUCUCUGUCGUUCGAAAUUUAAAUCGUAGUUUAGCAACUAAAACUGCAACAGUGCUAGAGCAAAAUGUAUUGAGUUCCCCUCAUGGAGAGAUCACCGUGGGGAAGGAGACCCUUACCGAAUAUGUUUUUAAAGACAUCGAAAAUUGGGUGGAUGCGCCUUGUGUGACAUGCGGUGCUUCAGGGCGAUCAUAUGAGUACGGCAUGAUGCGUAUGAUGAUAGAGCGCUGCGCGUGCGCUCUCUCUGGUUAUAUGAAACUAGCACCUGGGGAAAAGAUCGGUCUCAUUUUACCAAAUUUGCCUGAAUUUGUCGUCUUAAUACAUGGGGCUAUGAGAGCUGGAUUGGUUGUUACUUUUGCGAAUCCAUUAUAUACAGCGGAGGAGGUGCGACGUCAAUUCACAGAUUGCAACGUAAAAGCGAUUGCGACCAUUGAAAUGUUCAUGCCUGUAGCUCAAGAAGUAUGUAAAUCACUUAAGGACUACAAAGGCACUAUUUGGGUUGGAGGAGAUGAUGAUAAGGCUCAAGGUAUAUUCGGACUUAAAUCGCUUUUAAUGGCUGACCACGACGCUGAUCUGCCGGAUCUCAACUGUGAUGACGUCUGCUUAAUCCCUUACUCCAGUGGCACUACUGGCCUUCCUAAGGGAGUCAUGUUAUCUCAUAAAAACCUAGUUACAAAUCUGAAACAAGUACAAGCACCGAAGUUAAUGAAGUAUGAAGGGGAAAUGGGUAAACGUGACACUGUUCUCACCGUUCCUCCAUUUUUCCAUAUCUAUGGUUUCAAUGGAAUUCUUAACUAUAACCUAACUCUCGGAUACCACAUUGUUUCAAUUCCUAAAUUCACCCCAGAUGAUUAUAUCAAAUGCUUAAUAGAAUAUCAGCCAGAAACGUUAUUCGUGGUGCCCUCUCUGCUCGCGUUCUUGGCGACGCACCCGUCAGUUAAGAAAGAGCACUUGCAGUCGGUGACGACCAUCAUGGUGGGCGCCGCGCCCACCGGCGACAGUAUGCUGGAGAAGUUCUUGCUUAAAUGUGAAAAAACUAAAGACGAUAUUAAAUUACUACAAGGGUACGGCAUGACGGAGAGCUCCCCGGUGACGCUGAUGACGCCGUACAGCUACCCGUACGGCAAGGUGGGAUCGGUGGGGCAGCUGGUGCCGAGCACGCAGGCGCGCGUGCUGGCGCUGGCCGCGCGCGAAUCGCUCGGCCCGCACCGCUCCGGCGAGCUGCUGCUGCGCGGCCCGCAGGUGAUGAAAGGCUAUUGGAAUAAUGAAAAGGCGACCAAAGAAACUAUAGACAGUGAAGGCUGGCUGCACACCGGAGACGUCGCGUACUACGACGAAGAUCACUACUUUUAUAUCGUAGACCGCACUAAAGAACUUAUUAAAGUUAAGGGUAAUCAAGUAUCACCAACUGAAAUAGAAAGUGUUAUUAUGGAACUACCGGAAGUUGCGGAUGUCGCUGUAGUCGGCGUGCCCGACUUGCUGGCUGGGGAAGUCCCUAAAGCGUUUGUCGUUGUCAAACCAAACCAAAAACUUACAGAAAAAAAAGUUUAUGAUCUAGUCGCUCAAAAAUUAACUAGAUAUAAACAUUUAGAGGGAGGUGUGGCGUUUGUAAGCUCUAUCCCGCGGAAUGUGGCGGGCAAAAUAUUGCGCAAUGAACUUAAAGUAUUAGGAGGAAAGAAG